UGCUCACAUCCGACUUUCAAUCUCUCAAUCUCUCCAUUCCUUCCGGUCUAUAUCCAUUAUAUGUAUACGUAUAUUAUUGUCUCAAUAUGACCAGCCCCAGUGUCAGAUUUCCGAUGGCGACGUUACCCGAACCCAUUGCUCUCUGUUCUCAUUCCAUCAUUUUCAGACCGUCACUCCCAAAGGCGAUUACUUUAUAUCCGUCACUUGCCCUGUCCGGCAGCCUGAGACCUGGGCCCUUGCCUGGAGUAUCUGGCCUCAGGAUCCAAUUCCCUUCGAACCCAUCUGUUUCUUCGUUGAGCUCCAGAAACCGGAGGGUUCUUCGCCCAAGUGGUCGCAUUUUUUGUGAAGUUCAGGAAACCUCUCUUGAUAUUCCUACUGUGACCGAUGCUACGUGGCAAUCACUUGUUCUCAGGGCUGAAGGGCCUGUUCUGGUUGAGUUUUGGGCUCCAUGGUGUGGGCCCUGCCGUAUGAUCCAUCCAGUAAUUGGUGAACUAUCAAUGCAAUAUGCUGGGAAGCUCAAAUGCUUCAAACUCAAUACUGAUGAUAGUCCUUCAAUCGCAACCCAAUUCGGAAUUCGAAGCAUCCCAACAAUCAUGAUUUUCAUCAAUGGUGAGAAGAAGGAUGCCGUGAUUGGUGCUGUGCCCAAAACCACACUAACUGCCAGCAUCGAGAAGUUCUUGUAGGACGCGGGUUUGAGAAGUGUUUCUUGAUUUUUCUGCAUUAUUCUUUUGAAAGUCUUUAAUGCUGUGUUGAAUAUCUGUCAUCUUUUUGUAUAAUUCUGGAAGCUUCAUGUACCAGGUUUUCUUUUGACGAUGAAUAUUUCUCUUUUGCAAGGGAAACAUCUCAACUUGUUCAAUAAUAUAAAUGAUUGGUUUUGCUGAAAAAUCUUCUCCCCGCUAGUGUCAGUUUUGUCAACGUAUGGUUUGAAAAUUGGAGUUCAAACAUUAGAAACUGUUUGGUUCU